CUUUCCAGUUCAUCAAUUGAACUUGCAAGAAAAACUGUAGUACAUAAUUAAGAAAUACUUAAUAGUUCAGUUAAGCCAAUGCUAUGCGGCAUGGAAGAAAUCAUCUUUUUCUAUAAGCAUUAUUGCAAUAUGGCUAUGAAGUUUGUCAUCGCCGCGAUACCCGCACGAUACGAAACAAAUAAUGACCUUCAUGAGACAAGACGUGGAAAACGCUUCUCGCUCGAUAAAAUGCGGUCUGCACGGCCAACUGCAUCUGGCACGCUCAUAUUUCUGCUCAGUACUGUCAUCCCCGCGGACAAACCCCAUUUAUCAACAGUGAGAAGAAAAGUAGGCAAGCGACGAAAAAAACUGAGCCUUGCCGGGACUCGAACUCGGGAUCUCUCAUUCCGCGUAUUGCUGAUUUCCUACAUCACAAGAACUUCGUUACAAUAACGUUAUAGCAUCAUAUGUAUAAUAUCGGAUAAAGACUUACUAAAUUUAAGACUGUAUAAAUUUAAAUUUAUGUGCAUUACACUUGUCUAAACACAAUAAUGCUCAU